GGGGAGCUCGGCGUUGAGGAGCCGGCGACUGCUGCAGCUGCCCCACCAUGUCCGCGCGCAACCGGGGCACGGAGCUGGACCUUAGCUGGAUCUCCAAAAUACAAGUGAAUCAACCAGCAGUUCUGAGGCGUGCAGAACAAAUCCAGGCUCGCAGAACCGUGAAAAAGGAGUGGCAAGCUGCUUGGCUCCUGAAAGCCGUUACCUUUAUAGAUCUUACUACACUAGGCGAUGACACAUCUUCCAACAUUCAAAGGCUCUGUUAUAAAGCCAAGUAUCCAAUCCGGGAAGAUCUCUUAAAAAGUUUAAAUAUGCAUGAUAAAGGCCUUACGACUGCUGCUGUUUGUGUCUACCGCGCGCGGGUGUGUGAUGCGGUUAAAGCGCUGAAGGCCUCGGGCUGUACCAUCCCAGUGGCUUCCGUGGCCACUGGCUUUCCAGCUGGACAGACUCAUUUAAAAACACGAUUGGAAGAGAUCAGAUUGGCUGUGGAAGAUGGAGCUACGGAAAUCGAUGUGGUGAUUAACAGGACCUUGGUGCUGACUGGCCAGUGGGAAGCCCUGUAUGAUGAGAUUCGUCAGUUUCGCAAGGCCUGUGGGGAGGCUCAUCUCAAAACCAUCUUAGCAACAGGAGAACUUGGAUCUCUUACUAAUGUCUAUAAAGCCAGUAUGAUAGCAAUGAUGGCAGGAUCAGAUUUUAUUAAGACCUCUACUGGAAAAGAAAGAGUAAAUGCCACUUUCCCGGUAGCUAUAGUAAUGCUACGGGCCAUUAGAGAUUUCUUCUGGAAAACUGGAAACAAGGUAGGCUUUAAACCAGCAGGAGGCAUCCGCAAUGCCAAGGAUUCCCUUGCUUGGCUCUCUCUCGUGAAGGAAGAGCUGGGAGAUGAAUGGCUGACACCAGAACUGUUUCGAAUAGGUGGCAGUACUCUGCUUUCGGACAUCGAGAGGCAAAUUUACCACCACGUUACUGGAAGAUAUGCGGCCUAUCAUGAUCUUCCGAUGUCUUAAAUCAGCGACCAGUUCCAGAAAAGUACUUUACAGCAACAUGUAAAAUGUGUUUUUCUACGUAAUUGCUAAAAUUAUUUAAUUAAAACAUGAGGGAAUGAAUAGAUAACUGACUUUUUUUUCCCCCUUAAAAUUUUCACUGAAUUUAAUUCAAAGAAUAAAAGAAAAAAACAACUAAUCCAUACAUGGUAUUCUUUUCAGGUGCCUCUGAAUGGUCCUAAUUACUUGAAGAUCUGUAUUGUUAAUUUUGUGAAGAUUUUCUCUUAAGAAUUCUGAGUAAAAUAUUAUGAUAGCUUUGACAGCAAUAAAUUCUAAGGGGCAAAAAAAAAACGUUAAACUGCCCAAGAAACGUGCCUUUAGCGAGAGAAAACAUAGCAUCCCUGAGCUGCUGGCCAUACUCUGAUGACUUCAGGAGUCACUGACUUGGCACUAAUUUCCUGCCAUGAAAAUCUGUCUUUAAUUUUUGCAACAGAUAUGCUCUCUUAUUAAUUGUUUUGCUAAUGAAACUCCUGUCGUUGAUACAUGAUACUAUGGCUAUUGCAUUUUUUAAAUAAAAAAAUCUCUGUAGUU